UGACGCGAGCACGUGUGAAAUCCCCCGCGCGCUUAAAGCCGCCGCGCGCCGUCACUCACCGCCCUUAGCGCAGCUCUGAUCCCCCAUCAUGAUGCACGUGCUGCUCUCCGCCGUUCUGGUCGCGCUCGUGCCGCGGGCUUUCGCCUGGAGCUCGAACGCCAAGUACGCCACGAGCUGCCCGGAGCGCUGCCGCGCGGACCUGUGCGGGAGCGCAGGAGCGCGCUGCGCGUUCACGGUGCUGGAUGACUGCGGCUGCUGCAGGGUGUGCGCGGCGCGGCGCGGGGAGGCGUGUUACCGCACAGUGUCCGGCAUGCACGGGGUGAAGUGCGGCCCGGGACUCUACUGCCACUUCUACAAGGACGAGGACGAGUACGGAGAGGAGUACGGAGUGUGCAGAGAUUGCCCGUAUGGCACAUACGGCAUAGAGUGUCGGAAGACCUGCAGCUGUAAAGGUGGAGGGCUGUGUGACAGAGAGACUGGAGUCUGCCUCAGCUUCAAAUUCCUCACAAAACUGGCCAACAAGAGGGCGCAUGAGGGUAAUGAGCUGGCAUCUGGAGACGGAGAGAGCCACAACAGCACUGGAGACGGACACACAGAGCAGCCACUCACUCCAAAACUCCCACCUCGCUGACCAUAACCCAUCCAUGCUUGGCCUACUCAGACUACAUGUAGCAUAGUAAAUUAAAUACAGAAGGGAUAUAUUUUAAUAUGUUUAGAAAGUUUUUUGUACAAUAUUUUGAGAGUUCUUCAUGCUAGUCAUGUUUAAUAUAUCAAAGCAUUACAUGCAUGUACUGUAUAUAUACUGUACCAGACUUAAUGAGAGUGCUACAUUAAUAAGGAUAAUGUUAAACCUGCAUAUUCUGUUCCAUUAUUGUGUGAUUGUGUUUAAUAACCACCUUGGGGCCAAAAAAGACCAAAACUGAUUAAAAUUGUAUGUCUCGAUAUGCAUAUAUUUAUGUGCUAUGAAGUUUUCUUUGAGGACAGCUUGGAAAAGCCCACACCAGUAUAGGUUGUGAGGUGUUAUCUUGUGAGUGAGGUUGCUCAAGGCAAGAAGACGUGAAUUACGACAUUUGAAGCGAGGCCUGAUAGUGGGUGCGAGAUGGAUAGGACAUUUAAGACGUUGGCCUGCCAGCGACAGUAUGAAAAAGAGAGCUGACAAAACAAGAUUAGUGAAGCACAAUGGCUAAAACUGCUGACCUCCAUGUGGCAGACUGGUGUUUGAUUCUCUGUCAAAGUAAGAAAUCUGUUAUGCCAAUAAAUGUCCUUGGGCAAGACUCCCAGAGCUGCGUUUUCCUACCUCUGUGAAAGGAUUGGAGUGCACAUCACUCCAGAUAAGAGUGUCUACCUAAACGUAAAAUAAAUGUACAUUGUUUCGUAAAACUCUGCUGUACUUACAAAGGAAGCCACUUUGUUGAAGUGUUGAAAAUAAUGAUGAAAAUAAACACACCCACUAAUACACCGUUCUCGCACCAAAUUGUAACAGUAAAUAUUCAAACAGCAUUAAACAUUGUUAAAUUAACACCAAAUGUUGCCAGACUUUUGACACAUACCAUGAAUGUAAAUGUCAUGUUAUAAAUGUGGAUUAAAUUUAUUAUUAAAUGAAACUGAACA